GUGGAUGUUGCAAUAGUCCGAGCCAGAUAAGAUGAGCUCAGAACGAAGGCGACUACAGCAGGGGGAGAACCAAGUCAUGGGAUCGCAUGGCUUGGCCUUGGUCGAUCCCUGGCACCAGGGGUGGAGAUGAGGGAGAGGGAGGAGUCUCAGGUGAUGCCCGCAUCUCCACCCGGAAUCAGGGAUGGGUCCAGCAGACGUCUCUCCCCUCAAAACUGCUCUGUCUGCCCUCAGCUGCCAGCUCUCCUUCCCUCCCUUUUCCCCAUCAGCUGUGGGCACGGCCAGCCUCGAACACGUCCCAAGUGAGCACUUGGCAGGCGGGGGCCGUGAUUCAUGCCCCUCCAGGAGGCUUCGUGGCUAGCCUGCCCGCCAGAGUAUGCAAGACAUUCUUGGCUCGGCCUGUGUGCUCGGGAUUAGCAGGGCGGGGGCGGCUGGGGCUGGGGGAGGCAGACUGUGUUCUCUGUCCUCGCCGAGGCGGGGGGCAUCCAGGCACGAGCGUGUCUGAAGUGGCCGCCAAGCUGGCCAGGGAGGGAACGUGGCCCCAUAAGCCGAGGCCACGUCUGGAACCCAGACGGCGGGGCUGGGGCGGGGACAUUCAAGGAAGGCCGCCACCUGCUCCAUGUCCAGGGAAUGAAGAAGAGCCAGGAGUCCGGGGCAAGCGAGGCUGCUCACCCCAACCCCCAGCCCCUGUAUCUGUCCAUGAGUCCCUACCCACCCCCACACCUACUCCUCCAGCCCAGAGCCUGGUCCACUCCAUCCCACUGCCCGGAUCCCACGCCUGGCUGAGAACCCAAAGCUUGCUCCUGGAUGGUCAAGGAGCAGACACACUCAGCUGCCUCCUGUCUCUCUCCGAGUCGACUUCAGGUCUUCCUCCCCCGUGCCCCCUUCUAGGACCGUACCUCCACCCUCAGACUAUCAUUUCAGAAGACUAAUUGUCCCUAAAAAUAAACCUCCCAAGUCAAGGCUGUGUACACACACACACACACACACACACACACACACGGUGAGACCCACAUCCUAGGAGAGGGCUUUGCUCUCA